AUGAACGCCACCACUGACGUCGCGCACGAGCAUAACACGUUAGCGCCCAUCCAUCUCAGACUCGCGAACGAGCACCUCCACGACAUCUUCCUUGCGCUAUCGCUCAUCGAUACCCCGUCGCUUGACCGCCCUCAGGGCUGGUUCCUCUCAGUGAACGGCGUGUGUAGACUCUGGCGCGAGAUCGCUCUCCACUCCGCUGAGCUCUGGGCGCGUAGCGCUGGUUCAUUCCCCUCCCGGCGCAUGACCGAUCUUGCUCUCGCGCGCGCGAGCAGAUUUCUCUUGAGGCUCACCGGGCAUUACGAGGACCACGAAGGUCCAGGAUACGUGCUCACGCCUUACCAGUUAUCACUAGUCGAGAGCCACGCAAAGCGUCUGCGAUCGCUUGUUCAUGAUGAUUAUUCUGACUGGUCGGGGGCGUUCUAUCGAGUGCGGGCCUUUCCAGAGCUGCUAACGGCGAGGAUUUGGGACGACUCUGGCCCCGAUAUGUGGAACAGGCCCAUAGACGCGCCAAAACUGCAAUGCCUGUAUCUGAACAAUGGCCUCGUACCGUUUAAUGCCCCACAACUCCGAUAUCUCCAUGUGGAUAUGGACAAUGUUACAUGGCGCGAAGAGCGAACCUUCUCAACUUCGGAUGAUAGUCCAAUGUCUGAUAGCCGCGAGGCGAUCCCCAGGGUCUUUCCCACCCGCGAAAUCAUUGCUGCCCUGCAACGCUCGCCUAAUCUCGAGCGAUUGAUCGUUACCAAUAUGCCAGAGCUGAUAGACGAGGAUUUGCCCUCUGUGCAAGACUUACAUGCGGAACUUUCUGCCCUGCGCGGUCUGCACAUGAGUGGAAACUCCAAGGCGACUGGCGAUCUCUGGCAGAGACUAUGUGUGCCUUCGGAAGCACAAGUGUUCGUCGACACCAUCCCCUCCGACUUCGUCCUCUUCCUUCAUAAAUCAUCAAUCCUGCCAUCAAUGCAGGAUUUGUUGAAUUCGUCUGUAUACGACUCCGUGAGGCUCAGCAUGAGCCCUGCGCAGGAUCUGGUGUUUCAGUUAUGGUCCUCUGAAGAAGGCGGUUCCGACGGUCUGGAUUUCGCAGCGUCCCUCCAUCUGACGGAGUCUACGCCGGGAGCGGCAUUCACGAUCAAAUACUCCAUCAACCAGGGGGACCGGUUGACAUUCGAAGACUUUCUCGAAGAAGAGAGUAAACGGUUGACAUACGACAUGUAUCGAAAUCCAGAUCCCUACAUAAGAUACCUGACCAAAGUGGCCGACGUGUUCUACUUUCGGAUGAUGCACUUGUUGCAGACAUUUGACUCUCCGACGAUCAGGAAUGUUGACCUGACCGAUUAUCCGUAUGGAGAUCAGCGCCAGCAUGUCUACCAUGGUGUGCCAAGCACCUCGGAUUAUGACAAGCCAGAUGCAUCCGUCCUUCAUCUCUUUCGUCCGCCGGAUAACUAUCACUUACCUCAAACCAACUUGAUACUGAACUGGGACUUUCUCAGAAACCUGAAGUCCAGAAGCAGAAGCAACGCACCUGAUAGGCUACCGGGCUUCUAUGUCUCAAACUCGGUCAGGGAGUUGACCAUAGUGAACUUCCCUUGCGCUUCAUUUCCCUGCUGGAAGAGGCAUGACUAUGAGUACAACGAGAAAGCCUGGGAUGAUCUGUGCAAUGUCUGUCUCACGUCUUUCCGAUAUCGCCUGAAAGAGGGGGUCCCUCCACUAAUACUGAAACUGGCUGAAUCCUCGUCCGACAUGUCCAAUAUGGAGCGCUCUGAGGAGCCGGUGUACAAACAUACAAUCCCUGGGUCAUACGAAGAUGCAGUGAGGGCUGUUACAGAGAAGGGGUACCAACAGAUUGCUCCGUUUGUCUCGGAUUUUGUAGAUGUACGGAUUCACAGUUGGCUUUGA